AUGAGCACCUCUGAACCUCACGUAUUCCCUAUGGGACACGAAGCUAAACAUGCAAUAACUGCGAGUCUGGUUCUCAUGGGAGUAGCCAUUUCCUUGCUGUUCGCGCGUUUCUACACUCGACGCCGUCUCAUUGACGCCGUGCAGGCGAGCGACUACAUGGCUUUGCUUGCUUCGAUGUUUGCCGUGAUAUUUGUUGGAAUCUUCAUUGCUGCUGUCAUUUACGGUGUUGGUGUGCAUCAACCAGAAAUCGAUGAGAUGGAUGUUAUUCAGCAAAAGAAACUCUGGUGGCUGGGCACCCCAUUCUACAACGCCGCCAUGGUCACCGCCAAAGCCUCAAUCAUCAUUCAAUAUUUCCACGUCUUCCCAACCAAGAAGAUGCGCGUUGUCUGCUACAUAAUGGCCAUUAUCAUUGCCAUAUACGGUACUUGGGUUAUUAUCAGCGCAUUCUUGAACUGUAUUCCAGUCGCACGUUUUUGGGAUCCAAGUGUUCCAGGCCAUUGUCUCGCAUACAAACCUCUUUGGUACUCGAACGCGGCGUUGAAUAUCAUGACUGAUGUAGUAAUCUUGAUUAUUCCAAUUCCUGCGUUGAUGCCAUUGGAUCUGCCCCUGAGACAGAAGAUCGGGUGUUGCUGUAUCUUUGCGCUGGGCGGUUUCGUCUGCAUUACAAGCAUUUGUCGUCUCUAUAGCAUCACAAAAUUGUUCAGUUCCCAUGACCGUUCCUACGACAACCUAGCUGUCUUGAUGUGGUCCGCCAUCGAAUGCAACACGGGAGUCAUCUGUGCCUGCAUACCGACCCUCCGUCCAGCUCUCGCCCGCCUCUGGGCUGCAUCAGCUUCAAUCCUCGUCCCCGGCCAUCGACGCGGUCACACCAGUUCCGGUACCAUAACAUCCUUCUACGGCCGUAGUGAUGAGAGUGCUGCCGCCCCGAUUGUUCAUGAGACGCGCUUUGCUCCUAGAGAACUUGAAUCAAAUCGCGAGUCUGUCGCUACAACCAAGCCCGGGAGUAGUGCAGGUAGCAGUAGUAUGCAGCAGCAACAGCCUCCAAAUGUUAGAAUGAUACCUACACCGGGUAAUGGGUUUGCGCAGGAUCUGGCGCGGAAAGGCUCGUUUUUUGAGCAGCAGCAGCAGCGUCCUAGUAGUUACGUUUGA